CAAUGAUACGUAUAUGUAGAUCGUCUUAUACUUCUGGACAACAUACAUAAAUAGGAGGAACACAAUCUGAGAGACAACUCCUACAUUGACACACACACAAUAGAUUUUCUCAAGUGUGCCAUCGCGAUGGCUGCUCCAGCAGCCUGUACGCGUUUUUCGGACAAUUAUGACAUCAAAGAAGAACUUGGAAAGGGCGCUUUUUCCAUAGUAAAAAGAUGUGUGCAAAAAUCAACAGGAUUCGAGUUUGCCGCAAAGAUUAUAAACACCAAAAAGCUAACAGCAAGAGAUUUUCAAAAGCUAGAACGCGAAGCUCGUAUAUGUAGAAAACUUCACCAUCCUAAUAUUGUGCGAUUGCAUGACAGUAUACAGGAGGAGAACUAUCAUUAUCUUGUUUUUGACCUUGUGACUGGUGGUGAACUUUUCGAAGAUAUUGUUGCACGUGAAUUUUAUUCAGAGGCUGAUGCAUCACAUUGUAUUCAACAAAUAUUGGAAUCAGUAAAUCACUGCCAUCAAAAUGGUGUGGUGCAUCGGGAUCUCAAACCUGAGAAUUUACUAUUAGCAAGUAAGGCAAAGGGUGCAGCUGUGAAACUCGCUGACUUUGGUCUAGCCAUUGAAGUGCAAGGCGAUCACCAAGCCUGGUUCGGAUUCGCUGGUACUCCCGGCUAUCUGUCGCCUGAGGUGUUGAAGAAGGAGCCGUAUGGCAAAUCGGUGGAUAUUUGGGCAUGUGGAGUUAUUCUUUAUAUAUUGCUGGUUGGCUAUCCGCCGUUUUGGGACGAGGAUCAGCAUCGUUUGUACUCACAGAUAAAGGCUGGAGCAUAUGAUUAUCCUUCACCAGAAUGGGACACUGUGACGCCAGAAGCAAAGAAUUUGAUUAAUCAAAUGCUUACUGUAAAUCCAAAUAAGCGAAUAACUGCUGCAGAGGCCCUCAAGCACCCAUGGAUAUGUCAACGAGAACGCGUAGCCUCUGUUGUCCACCGCCAAGAAACUGUUGACUGUCUCAAGAAAUUUAAUGCGCGUCGCAAGCUCAAAGGAGCCAUACUCACAACAAUGCUUGCCACCAGGAAUUUCUCCAGCAGAAGUAUGAUCACCAAAAAGGGGGAUGGAUCUCAGGUUAAGGAGUCAACAGAUUCUUCGAGCACAACACUGGAGGACGAUGAUGUCAAGGAAGAUAAAAAAGGAAUCGUUGAUCGCAGUACCACAGUCAUAUCAAAAGAUCCAGAAGAAAUAAGGAUUGUGUGUCCUGCAAAAACAUGCCAGCAAAUCUCUGGAAACUCGCAAUGCUCCUCAGCAGCUAGACGACAGGAGAUCAUCAAGAUUACAGAACAGCUGAUUGAAGCUAUCAACAGCGGUGACUUUGACGGAUACACUAAAAUAUGCGACCCUCAUCUUACUGCUUUUGAACCAGAAGCCCUGGGCAACUUGGUUGAAGGAAUUGACUUUCACAAAUUCUAUUUUGAAAAUGUACUUGGUAAAAAUUGCAAAGCCAUAAAUACUACAAUAUUAAAUCCCCAUGUGCAUUUACUUGGAGAGGAGGCUGCUUGCAUCGCCUAUGUGAGACUUACGCAGUACAUUGAUAAGCAAGGGCACGCGCACACCCAUCAAUCUGAGGAAACUCGAGUAUGGCAUAGACGCGACAACAAAUGGCAAAAUGUUCACUUUCAUAGAAGUGCCUCGGGCAAAAUAAGUGGAGCCACAACUUUUGAUUUUAUACCGCAGCAAAAGUAGGCAGGCCAGUUUAAUGGACACGGUCCCAAAAGAUAUUACUAAUUAGCAACAUAUUAAUAAAACACUGAAUUACGUAUGCUGCAGUAGAUUCAACAUCCAGCAGCAGCAUUAUAGUCAUGGCAAAUGAAGCACACUUAUUCUUAUCAAAAUGAAUGAAAACAAACAAGAAAUAGAAACAAAAUAUUGUUAGUUAGUUUUAAAUAGAAGCGUCAAAUCUAACUAAUUUGACCGUUUCAGUUUUCAAAAUAUCAUAUAUUUCCUAUUCUAUAUUUAUGUUUUAAUUAAAUGUUGUUACCCAAACUGCGAGUCAGUCAGAGUGAAGAGACACAACAUAAACACUAUAUAAUGAAAUUGAAUGUAUUACUAACUUAAACGUGUCCAGAAAACGUAAAAUUAUGUAAUCGAAAUUUUUUAAAAAAAAUUAAGAAUGAAUCGAAACUUUAUAUUGUAAUUUCAACUUGAUCCUUAAAUGAUAUUUCUCGAUGUUUCCGCAAGGGAGUUGCUUUCUCAGAUAUCCAGAAUAAGCAUGUGUUUGAAUACACAUACAAUUGUCAUUAUGUUGCUUAUUAAUAUAUUCAGCUUUCUUGAACUUGGAAAAAUACACAAAUUUACAUAAAUAAAUUUAAAUGCACAGACAUACAUACACAAUAUCACCUUUGAAAGCACCCAAUUUCAUGCAACCGUAAUUUUUCUCUUAAACAGCCUGUUACAAUUUAUUGACAAUGAUCUCUUUGAUUACACAAUAAUUCUUUAACUGCAUACAUCACAACAGACAUUAAUACACAUUCUCAUAAAACAUACAAACAUGUGUAUAUGUGCCAUAAAUACAUGUGUACAUACAUACGUAUCUGAUUUACUUAUUUAGCUAAAACCAAAAGAUAUAGGAAAACAUAUAUAUACUUGAAUUUAAAAAUAAGAAAUAUACUUAUGCUGUAACAAGCAAAUCUAACCAUGUGAAAUACACGCAAAAAAUUAUAAAUAUAAAGUAAGUAUGCAUUUAAGCUGCAGAAAAUGUUUGAAACCAAAGCAAGUAAAAAUGUCGUAAUCAAUGAAUGUGAAUUAUCUAAUUAUUAAAAAUUAUAGGCCAAAAUGCUUGAAGAUUUUGACAUAAAUAUGAAAUUAAAAUUCGGAAACAGAUAUAACGUGCACAUUGGCGGUUUGCAUAAAUAAUACAUACAUACAUAUGUUCGUUAUCAAAAGCAAACAAAUAGAAUAUAUAUACGGAUGCUAAUACAAGCAUUUUAUUUAUGUAUUUCAAUAAUUGUUUAAUUACAUUUUUUAUACAUUUCUGUAUAAUCAUAAGCACAUAAACUGAAGCAGAAUACCGAUCUAGUGCAAUCAACAAAUUCUCUUGGAAUGUAAUGGAAGUUAUAAAUGCACGAGCGCAUUAAGUUGAGCGCAGCCAACUUUUUGAUAUAUUUCGACUAGGAGAUCGCAGAAAGCAUACACACUCACAUACACAUAAUAGCUUAGGCGUCACAGCAUGUUUUUUCUGCAACGUCCGCAGCUACGCUCGCAUAGCACUUCGGCGAACACUACUAUCCAUCACAAUAGCGUUCAUACGCAAACUACGUGCAAGUAGAAACUAUUUCACACAGCAAAUCACUGUUUAUUCGUUACCUAAAAAUUUAAACAUAUAUGUAUACAUUUUCUUUGUAUUGAACGAAUAAAUCUAUUUGCAAAUAAUAAAUUAUCUUUGUCAGUACGUCAGAAUUUAUUCGAAACAUUUUCGUUGCAAAUAAGCCGCGUGUAUAAAACGAGUAUUAUUAAUGUGUGUAAGUUUGUGCAAGGAAAUUUGUACUAUAGCCAUACGAAUAUUUAUUGUACAUAUAUAAAUGUAUGAUCAACUUCCAUUAUGAAGAACUUAAAUGUUAUAUUUUAAUUUUAA